GCAAGAGAGAGAGAGAGAGAGAAAGAGAGAGAGAGAGAGAGAGAGAGAAGGAGGGAGGAAGAGAUUGUACUUUGACCAACUGGACCCAGGCACUAAUUACAGAUUGGAGCCCCAGGCAGCGACAACUAGAAGCUGUGCGUGCGUCUGUGGAACCUACAAACACACACUUAUCUAACUUUCUCAAACUUGGCUUGAACUCCUGGACACAUACUCGUUGGAACCUUGAACACACUCCUUCCCAGUGUGUGUUGGUCUUCCAGUAACCAUGGAACAGUCUGAAGCUAAUGGCCUCAGCCCGGACCUCUCUAAUGGAGCCAUCAUCCACAGCCCUAUAGGAACCUGUACCAAGCCGGACAGACAGAGACAACGAGAUGAAGAGGAGGAGGAGGAUGUAGAACUAGCAGAGGAGGUGUUAGAACUGGGGGAGGAGGUGGGCGAGGACAUGGAGGACAUUGGGAUGGCAGGUGCAGCUGAUCAUUUCGAAGUGACGAUGCAAGCUAAUGGGAGCGGAGGAAAGGAGGGAGAGGGGGGGGAGAAGGGGAUUGAAGAAGAGAUUGGUUUACAGGAAAAGAGAGAGGGAGAUAAAGGGGAGGGGGAGCUGACAGUGACAGUUGUUGUAAUUGAAGAGGAGCAGGAGAAAUCUGUAGAGGCUGUUGAAGAAGGGAAGUUCGCUGAGAGAGAGGAGUCAGCAGGGGCAGACAAAAAGAGAGAAAUAGAGGAGAGAGAACCUCCUCACCCCCCACCAUCCCCUAGUUUACCUGAAACUGAGUCCAUUAAUGAUGAGGUAGAGACAAAAGACGAGGACACAUCUCCAGAGGCAGAAAAGGCACAAAUCGUUUUGCCUAUUGAUGAGACAGAGAAGACAGAGGACAAUGUCGGUUUGACGACAACAGAACCGCCAGUCACGUCAACUAAUGAAGAGCUAUAUAAUGAGAGUCGAAAGCCAGAAACCACAUCCACUACAGAUGAGUUAGCGAAGGGAGAGCAUAGUGGCGGUCAGGAUGCAGAGAUGCCCAUCAGCCAGGUGACUAAUGAUGAUGGCAUAGUAAGAGUGAGUGAUGAAAGCGGGAGUCAAGUGACUGAGGACUGUCAAACUGUGUCCACUAGUGAUGAGGUCAGAGAGACACGGCAGGAGGAAGGACAGGAAGAGGAGCCUAAACAACAGCCAGCCAAUGACAAUGAAGGAGAGAGCGAGGAAAGUAACAAUAAAUUGGCACAUAAUCUACAGGUUUCACAAGAAGAGAGGGAUGAGAACCAGCAGGGAAGUGAGAAGAGUACAGAGAAAAAAGAGGAGGAGGUUAAAAGCCCUGUUACAGAGGAACAGGGAGAGACAACUAAAGCAGUUUUAGAGAAAAAAGAGGAGGGGCAUCAAGCGACAGAGCACCAGCCCCCGUUGUUUGUUACCAAGGAGUUCAUAGAGCUUGGAGUCGUCAAGAGUCAGGCAACCACAGCUCAACAGCCACAGGAUGUUGUCACUCCACCUGUUGAGGUAGAGGGAGGGAGCAAGAGCAAGGCACAGCCACUGAUACAGCCCAAUGAGAGUCAGGAGGGUGAGAACAGCUCUAAAGAGGAGGGAGGUUUACAACAGACAGAACAACAGCUACAGGUGGAAGAGGGUGACAGUGAUAGGGCAGUGGAGAGAGGUGGUGGGGAGAGGGAAGAACUGCGACAGGUUGGGGAUAAUGCGGUGUUGGGGAUGGACACAGGAGGCAGCAAAGUAGAUGAGGAGCAAAAGAAGAAGGAUAAUGUAGACAUAGCAGAGGAAGAGAGAAGAGGUGGCAGUAUGGAGGAACAGACAGAAAAGGCUUUAGAGCCUGAUAAUGCUGCCAGAGAAGAGGGGGAAGAGAGAGAAGACAAAGUUGUAGCUCAGCCACAGGUACAGAUACUCAAGGGUUCAGCAGGAGCUACACAGGAGGAUGACGACAAGGAUUUAGAGCAUGUUGAGGAGGCUUUCGAGCUUGAGGAGGAAGGAGACAUGGAGAAAGAACAGCCAGGAGAGGUCAUUCUGGAUGAGCCCGGAGCUGCAGAGGUGGGAGGGGCUGAAGAGAUGGAUAAUCUGGUCCCAGUCUCAGAGAUAGGGACGGGAGGAGCAGAGGGAGGGGGUGAGUUGGAGGAACAGCCAGUGACAAACAUUGACGAUAAUCUAGACUCACAGUCAGAGGGAGCGAUUGAGAUGGCGGAAGAGCCAGAAGAUCUCAUUGAGGAUGAGUCUAAAUCUGCAUUAGAGGGAUGCAGCGAGAGAGUAGAACAGCCAGGGCCUGCCACUAAGGAUGAGCCAGUAAAGUUUGGGAAGGAAUACACAGCGAAGGAAAGAAGGAAAGAGAAGAAAGAAGAGGUGGAGCUAGGGGUCAAAGGUCACAAAGCCAGGAUAGAGAAUGGGUUCCCUGGAACAGAGGAGGUGAAACAACAACUGCUGAAUGAGAUGCUGCUAUCUCCCACAAGGCUGAGACAAGGAGAAAUGAAAGAGGAGGUGACAGUAAAAAGAGUUAGGGUGACACCCCGCAGAGGGAGCAACGACUGGAACAAGAAGGCGGCCCCAGAGGAGGCGCAGACCCGCAGAGGGAGCAACGACUGGAACAAGAAGGGGGCCCCAGAGGAGGCGCAGACCCGCAGAGGGAGCAACGACUGGAACAAGAAGGCGGCGCCAGAGGAGGCACAGACCCGCAGGGGGAGCAACGACUGGAACAAAAAGGCGGCCCCAAAGGAGGCACAGAACCCCUGGAGGAGGGAGGACUGGGCCAAAAAGGAGGCCCCAGAGGAGGUGCAGACCCGCAGAAGGAGCGAUGACUGGAUCAAAAAGGCCCCAGAGGAGGCGCAGACCCCCGGGAGGAGGGAGGACUGGAUUAAGAAGUUGUCUCCAGAGGAGGCGCAGACCCGCAGAAGGAGCGACGACUGGAUCAAGAAGGAGGCCUCAGAGGAGGCGCAGACCCCUGGGUGGAGGGAGGACUGGAUUAAGAAGUUGUCCCCAGAGGAGGUGCAGACCCCUGGGCGGAAGGAGGACGGGAUUAAGAAGUUGUCCCCAGAAGAAGCGCAGACCCCCGGGAGGAGGGAGGACUGGAUAAAGGAGCUGAAGUCGGUGCUCAAAGAGGAGGUACUUUCCCCAAAGAGGAGAGAGGAGCAAGUGAAGAAAAAGAAGAAGAAGGUGGUGGUCAUGGACGAGGUGCCCACGUUCAUGCACCAGAGGACAGAGGUGAAGAUAGAGGUGAAGAAAGAGAAGGAGACGCAGGGGGAGGAGAUGACGCCAAAGAAGUCUGUGAGGCUGCAGAGCCCAACUCCUCAUGGGGACGACAGCGACAGUUCGGACCCCCAGGAGUACGAGAUCUCCCUCUAUGUCAAGGCUGGCAGUGAUGGUGAGAGCAUCGGGAACUGUCCGUUCUCCCAGCGCCUCUUCAUGAUCCUGUGGCUGAAGGGAGUUAUCUUCAACGUCACCACAGUCGACCUCAAAAGGAAACCGGCGGACCUGCAGGACCUGGCCCCGGGGACCAACCCUCCAUUCGUCACAUUUAACGGGGAGGUGAAGGUCGACGUCAACAAGAUAGAAGAGUUCCUUGAGGAAAAACUCACGCCACCACGGUACCCCAAGUUGGCGACUAAACACCCAGAGUCAAACACCGCAGGUAUAGAUGUGUUCUCCAAGUUCUCUGCCUACAUCAAGAACCCCCGCAAAGAUACCAACGACGGCCUGGAGAAGGCCCUGUUGAAGUCUCUGAGGCGACUGGAUGAAUUCCUGAGGACCCCCCUGCCGGAGGAGAUCGAUGCCGACAGCACAGAAGACCCUCAGGAGUCCACACGCUGCUUCCUGGAUGGACCUGACCUCACACUGGCAGACUGCAACCUGCUGCCCAAACUACACAUUAUAAAGGUGGUGGCCAGGAAGUACCGUGGCUUUGAGAUCCCGGUGGAGAUGGCGGGGGUGUGGCGCUAUCUGAACCACGCCUACAAGAGGGAAGAGUUUACUAACACCUGUCCUGUUGAGCGCGAAAUCGAAUUUGCCUACAUAGAUGUGGCCAAACGAAUCAAAUAGCGAGAGGGGGAGGAGGGAGAGACUGAGAAGGCCCAAUCCCAAAUUGUGUGUGUGUGUGUCUUUGUACACUCACCGGUUGGGUUGCACGGCACUCAUAUGUAGUGUCAUGACUGCUGUGAUUGUAAGACCACUAGACAGAGAGGUCUGCAUCCAUUUCACAUCCAGUCCUUUUGGCCAAAGCCCUCUGCGGUGCAUUAUAAUACAGCUGUAUGGUGUCAUUGAAGACACAGACACUGUUAGAAACCCAGAGUACGAACUCUAACAGCGUAUAGUACUCUCUACUAUUUGCAACAUUGUAAAACUGUCCUAAAGCAGCCAUAAGCAUUCAUUAGAGUGUUAUAACCUCUGUGUCUUAGAGGAAUAGCAGAGCACAGGUAGACACGCCAUACUUAUAUGAAUAUGCAACACUUUGGCCUUGACCACAGUAUUAACCUAUAUAUAAAAAUUAACAUACACAUACUUUAUAAAUUAACUUUUCUUUAGUUUCUCCCCCAUCUUAUUUUGGCUAUCUAUGGGUGAAUAAUAAUCAAUAGUAAAAAGCCUUUUGAUGUCAAGGUCUGACUUUUCUAUUUGUACGUUUUGUAAAAGCAAAUCUGCUUUAAUACCAUUUAUAUCGAAUUCUAUUGACCAUAACAGGAUUGUGGGUGGGGCUUUCUGUUGAGAAGCUCACCUGUUUGGGCCUUCCUGAACAUGCAGGUGGAAUCGGAAGCCAUUUUGAUUGUGGCGGAAGUGUGUACUGUAUCUCUCUAUGCACCAAACAAAUACUGACACAACCCUGUGUACUCGCCUUAUAAUCCUCACCAGAGGAGACUUUAUUAAACUGAUUUUAGAACA